AGGCGCCGCCGCGGCACGCAGCUCUAGGGCCCUCAGGCGACCGCAGAGCUAGCGGGACACAUAUAUAUACAGCAUAAGUCACUGCAGCCAAAGCGCUCGCAUCCCUGCGGCACCAGCGGCAGCGGGAGCUUGCCUCCAGGGAGACAGCCACUUGACAGCAGCAAGCGCGGCGGCGCAGCGCCAGCAGCCAAGAGACAGCAGCAGCAACAGCUAAAAAAAAGAUGGUCUACGGCAUCGUCACCAUCGGCCCGGCCGGCGUGGGAAAGACCACCAUGUGCCACGCGCUCCAAAUCCACGGGAGAUUACAUAAGCGCGGCAUAUACGUCGUGAAUCUGGACCCGGCGGCGGACACGCUGCCCUACGAGCCCGAUAUCGAUGUGCGAGAAUUGAUAAGGGUCGAGGACGCGAUGCGGGAAUUUGGGUAUGGCCCCAAUGGCGGUUUAAUAUACUGCAUGGAGUACCUCGCGAUGCAUUUGGAAUGGCUGGAAGACAAGAUUUCGGAGUUUGGGGAGGAUGACACGUUGCUGUUCGACUGCCCCGGCCAAAUAGAGUUGUAUACGCAUCUGCGGGCGAUGCCGCAAUUGGUAAGAGCAUUGCAGGAGUCUUGUCAUGUCAAAUUAUGCGCCACGUUUCUCGUCGACGCGGUGUCCAUCGACCAGCCGGCGAAGUUCGUCGCCGCGGCGUUGGCGGGCCUGUCGGCGAUGCUGCAGCUGCCCGUGCCGCACGUGACGGUACUAUCGAAGAGCGACGCGUUGGGGGACGAGGCGAAGCUCGAGGCGUUUCUGGAAGAGGGUAGCGCGGUGUUGUUCGUGCGGAACCAGAACCAGAUCAGAGAUGAAGAAGGACGGACGCCGAAUAGGAGUCACGAUCGACUCCAUGACGCGAUCUGCUCGGUGCUGGACGACCACGCGAUGCUUUCCUAUGUCCCGUUCACGGUCAAGGACGAGGACGCGGCGGCGCACGUCCUCGCCUUUUGCGACCACCUGACGAUGUACUCGGAGAAUGCCGAGGUGAACAUCCCGCGCGACCUGGAUGGGGACUCGGGGAUUGAUCCCUCCGUCAGUUUCCCGGGGCUCGGGUAAUUUGUCUCGGUACUA